AUGGGGUUGUCAAUCUCAUACCCACCGGACGACUACCUGCCAGCAGUGGAGGACAACAUGGGCCGGCUCUUCAUCCGGUCUCUCAGCUUCGACGACAUGGAGGCCACCGCUGAGUCACCUUUGUCUUCGCCUUCGACUUCGCCUUCGGCAUUGCCCCCCGCCUUUGGCUCCGGGAAGCUCAUCAUAGAAGGCUCCCUGAGCUUCAAAAGGAGAGAGGCUGACAGCAUUCAGAUGCAGAAUGUGUUGUCCAUCAGGAGUCCUAAACCUCCUGAUAGAGAAGCUUGCAACAUCAUCAGUGCUGGUGCUGCUACUUCUGGGUCAUCAAGAUUCGGGCCAAUCGGGGACCGUCCACCAGAUUAUGAUUACCCCAUGGUCGGAAUGGACAGCCCCAAGCACCAGGCCGCGGCCGUCAGGCUGCAGAAGGUGUACAAGAGCUUCAGGACAAGGCGGCAGCUUGCGGAUUGUGCUGUUCUUGUGGAACAACGAUGGUAG